CCUGCACAAAGUAUGCGUUUUUGUCUCAUCGAAUUGCUGUCACUCAACAAAUUGCCGCGACGGUUGCAUUUGGUUUGUAAACAAACAGUUCGUUCUUCUUCACUUUACAAUCGUAUCGUUGUUCGUUUGGCGUCCUUUAAUUUUAGCAACAAGUGUUUUUGUUCGUUUUGCAAAGCCAAAAAUAGUAUUCCGCUACGAUGAACAUGUUUGAGGCGAACUGUCGCAAAGUUAGCGACAGUCUGAACAACACGGUUCGACUGGCAGCCGAGUAUGGAGACGAUUCUACUAAAAAUGUUAAACUAUACACCGAUCUCGUGGAACGCAUUUGCGAAAUUGAAAGUAAAAUCACCGUCCAUCGGAAGGCUAUGUCGGAAGCGUCUCGAGAGCAGUUUGUAGAUAGUUUCAACAAGCGCUACGAUGCUGGAAUGGAUAAAAAGAAACCUCAAGUACGAGGUCAAAAAAGAUUCAAGGAUUUUUUGCAGUACGCCAAACCGCUUCUAAAUCCUACUCUGGCAGGACCUUCGCAGGAGGAAACAAUAGACGAUGAAUUGAUUAUCGAAGGUGACGUAGGCAACUUGGUCGAUCCAAUUACAAAACGGCCACUCGUAAUCCCAGUACGGAACAAGCAGUGCAAUCAUGUUUAUGAAAAAAGUGCCAUUGAAGAAAUGCUACAAAUGAACCGCAAGACCCGUUGCCCAGUGAUGGGCUGCGCGGCUCAAGGUUUUGUUCAGCCACAACUUUUAGAAGUGGAUGUUAAAUUGCAGCAACAAUUGAUGCAAAACCGUACCUUAGUGUGCUAUAGUAUCACAUGAUGACAUAUUCUAAGUUACCAUAAUCCAAACCAGGCUAAUUCCACACUAAGUUGCUACUACGUGUAGAACGGAAAUGCACCGCGUACCUUAAGCUCGUUAACUAACUCAAUGAAUCAGCUGAUGCACGAUCUAACAAUUACCAACAAAAGGCGACACAAACGCGCUACCGUCCAACCGUGAUCUCAUACGCCAGCAAACAUUAAGAAGAUAU